ACAUUUUCUUUUGUUUCCCUUUAGCAUCGCAGACAAGCCCAACCUGCCCGACUCCAACUUACAGCACCUUUAUGGAGUACAGGAAAAAGAAAAAUGAGGAGAGGCAAAAAUUUUCUUGUGGUAAAAUGGGAUUAAAGAAGACUGCAAAAACAAAAGUUCAGAUAAAUAUUGGCUUGAUGUCCAAGAAGAAAGAUGGUUUGAGGCCACAUCGUGGAAAAAGUAUUGCUCUAAGAAUUGACCCUGACAGCUCUGCCACAAGUCUCCUCAGUGAAGCUGUUAAAAAAAUGAGGGACUUUAACAAAGACUUGAGUGAUGGACCAUUCCUCCUCUUGUAUCCUGAUGCCACAGAGGUGAUUAAUAUCCCUGGGACCAAUAGUCCAUUUACUCUUGGGGCUUAUAAGGCUGAAAUUGGCAAGCCUUAUCAAAGGAUUACGCUUUUCAUCUGUAUAAAAAGCGACUUUGAAGAAGCUGCUGAAAUGUCUGACUCUGACUCAGAGGUUGUUGUUAGACGUCCCACUGAGUUUGAGCUCGCUGAUACACUGCCAUGGGAACCACAGGAUGAAAGCAGUCCUUUACCAAAAGUUGCAGAAAAUGAAGACACAGAUGUGCAGGCACAUGAAAUUAUUGCUGAUUUGGCGCUGGCAAUUGACCACAAGAAAGUCAGUAGAUUCAAUAUAUCGAGGUCGGAUGUAUGGGAUGGAGCUGUUCGAGGAUUUCGACGGAGCACGUACUCUGACAACAACGACUUGUUUAUCAAGUUUAAUGAUGAUGCUGGCUGCUUUGAAGAAGGUUUGGAUAUGGGUGGUCCAAGACGUGAAUUCCUGACGCUUCUUAUGAGCCACCUGAGAAAUCGCCCCAUUUUUGAUGGACCUCCAGAUCGUCGUUAUCUUGUAUAUAACUCAAGAGCUGCCAUGGAAGUUGAGUAUUUCUUAGCAGGCAAGAUGAUAGCUGUAUCUAUUGUAAAUGGAGGACCAGCACCACAUUUCCUCUCAAAGAACCUGGUCAACCGCAUGAUAGGAGAUCCAUCUUUCAGCGCCACAAUUGAUGAUGUGAAAGAUGAGGAGAUAGGGAAAGUACUGCACCAGGUCCUAGAAGCAGAAUCCGAUGAAGUUUUGCAAAAUUUAAUUUUGCAAAACAGUACUAUCUUCCAAACUGCUGGAUGCCUCAGAAGUGUGAAGACUUCUGAAAAGCAAGGUUUCGUGGAGGAGUAUCUCAAAUGGUACAUCAUUGAGAAAAAUGAAAGUGCCAUUCAAAGAUUUAAAGAUGGACUGGACAGUCUUCAUUUUUUCACUGCAGUCCAGCAGUAUCCAAGUGUUCUGGCACCAUUGUUAUACAUGACUUACAAGACCCUGACUGCAUCAGAUAUGGAGAAUAUAUUCAGACCAAGUCUCAGCCCAGCAGGAAGCAACAGGCGGCAGAAGGAAGCGCUAACACUUGGCUUUUGGGCAGAUUAUCUGCUUGAUUGUGAAGAGAAAGUGACAGCUGUGUCACUGGAAGAAUUAUUAAUGUUUGCAACAGGUUUGACUGCACUUCCACCAGCUGGGAUGAUACCACCUCCAUGCCUCGAGUUUUCGAGUGAUUCACCUUUUCCUGUUGCCAACACCUGUGCAAAUGCACUGAAGCUACCAGUCUCUGAAUCAUACAGAGUCUUUAAGGCAAAUAUGGACUUUGGAAUACAAAAUUCCCCUGGAUUUGGAAAUUUUUAAAUCACAUGUCUUAAGUGUCA